CAGCGACCGAUUCGUUUGAAGUAAACUUUAUUAAAAGGCUUCGCGGGUUCCGCCGCGUCACGCAGAAGACCGAUAAACGACAGAGAUGACGUCAUGCUAACAGAUAGCUGGCGGUCAAAAGGUUAAAACACGAGUAAGCCGAUAGCCCGACAUGCGUUCGCGUUCACUUUCUGCCAUGACAACAGCCCCCCCGCCGCUCAUUAAUAUGGCAUCGGCCGAGUUAAUUAACCGUCAACUUUAAACGUUGCCGACGCUCGCACGACUUCAACGCAGUCCGGGACGUUCAACCGGCGGCCUUUAUCACCGGGAGGGUCCGGUUUAAAACCGCCAAUCAGGACGGCGUCCGUUAAACGUUGGACCGGGACGCCUCACCGGGACGGAGGACUCGAUGCCGGACGUCGAACCGCUCAGGUUCCCGUCGAGGGAAGAGCGACCGAGCCCGCAAGAUCAAGCAGAUUUCCAGGCUGUCCGCACUGGUAGGCGUCGCACGUGUGCUUUGCUCAACAGCCCCUUGCCAUGUGUGAACAACGCCAUUCAGCAUAUCCAAGAGCUGAAGGUGACGGUGGAAAACUGGUGUCAACAGUCUGGAAAAUAUCCACUGCAGAUCAGUCGGGAAAAGCAUCAACACCGCAAGACUUUCAGAUUUCAGUCCGGAGACUCAGACACCGAAUCAGUGACAUCUGCGGAAUUGUUCGUUGAAGGCAUCGCUAUCAUUGCGAGAGACAAAAGUUGUCCUUUACCGCCACUGCUGAAGAAAAUAAACGACGUCCUCGGAGAGGUCGUGUAUCUGAUUGAGCGGCUGGAGGCUGAUCGGCAGUACGCAGAGGAAGCUCUCGACAAAGAGAAGAGGAGAAAAAGAUUUUUGGAGAACCAACUCGACAGUAUUACAAUUUGGAAGCAACGAGAGCACGCUUUUGUAGUCCAAAGAGAGCACGAGGCGUGCAUCAGAGACAUCACUGGGCUGAAGUGGCAGCUAAGGAGAGAAAGGGAGAAACUUCAGCGAGCACAGGAGAAGCUGUCACUCACUGAGGUGUGGAACCAGAACUUACACGAGGACAUCAACUUUGCCCGAAAACAAAUUCCUAUUGUGAGAGAGAACCUGGAGCUCCAGAGAGGACUCAUAGAUGGAAUCAACAGCGCCCGAGCGGAGGCCGAUGAAGUUUGCUCGAAAGCACAAAGUGAUCUCCUCCUGGUGGAGGAGGAGAAAAAACAGCUGCAGCUGGACACCAACGAUGAAAUGUCCGGACUGGAUAGUGAACUGUUGGCCAUAAAGAACAAGCUGGAUAAGACAUUGGGGGAAUCCAACCGGUUCACCGGGAUUGAGGAGGGUCAACUGGCACAAAUACAGGACGCCGAAAAGACGAUCGCGCUCACAGAAAAAAAGGUGGCGGCCACAAUGCAACGCAUCCCUGAAAUGAUGGAGCUCGAGAAAACGGAAAACGACAGAAUUGUGCAACUGAAACUUCAAAUCGAGGUUGAAAUGCAAAAGAAUAAGAAAUCAAAAGACAAACUAACCGCACUGCGAGAAGACAUCGAGAAGGCCAGGCUUCACGGGGAAGCCGAGGUUUCCUGCAUAGAAGAGCAGCUCCUUUCAAAACGUAACGCUUUUGAGGCUCUUCGUCAAGAGAACAUGGAGUGUGAACAGAAUGCGGAGGACUACAGGAUGAAAAUGUCUGAGAGCGAGAAGGCGGUGCAGGAGAUGCGCGAGCAGAGGAAGCAGAUGCUGCUGAGCAUCAUCGACAAUGACGAGCGGUGGGAAGAGGCCGAGGAGGAAGUGGCCCAGGUCGUAGCCCGGCACGGCGUCACCCGGGCCACGCUGGACGAGCGGGAGAAGCUCACCUUCGCGGAGGAGCAGAGGACCAAGAAAGAGAUCGAAAAGCUGAGGCAGGAUCUGACGGGUCGGACGAGCGCCCUGGAGCUACUGAAGGGUCAGUGUGCGAAUAAAAGUGAGGAACUGUAUCGACAGCAAAAGAGCAGAGCGCUGACUAACCAGAAACUUCAGAAAGAGUUUGAAGAUGCAUCCUCAGUGACCAAAGAACUGGAGACCUCAUUUUUGAAAAUUAAGAAACUGGCAGAACAUUUUGAGGAGAGCCAGCGUGAACACAGGGACACAUUAGUCAAACUUGAGACGGACAAACAACUCCAACGUGACCACCUGAAAGCUGCUCAGGCUUCACUCGCCGCCGCCGCCGAGCGAUAUGACGCCACCGCGGGCCGGAUCAGUGACCUGACAAAGAAGACCCGGGACUGCCGCCAGGCUUCCGAUCAAAUGGAGGAAAUGUUCAAAAACAUGCCGGAGGUCAUAGCAGAACUUCAGAGCGUCUUUGACGCGGUGGAUUUCAAAAACAAGUCAGCUGCUCUCGUAAUGAGCACCUUGCAGUCUGAUAUUAAUAACUGCCAACAACGAACACAGCGAUCCGUGCAGGCACACACUGCUCACGUUGCAGCCAGAAGGAAGGAAAUGGAAGACACCAAGGAAGCCCUAAAAAUCGCACUGGCGGAGAACGAAGGUCUGGCGCUGGAGUACGAAGGUCUUCGGAAGAUCCUCACGCAGGCCAAACGGGAGGAGGCGUCCGCACUGCGAGAGAAAAACCGGGCGCACAAAUCUUUCCUCUACUACUCUCAGGUAUCCAAAAAGAGAACAGACGCCACGCGAAAGUAUGUGAAGCUAUUCAAACGACGCAGCCUCUACAGCCGGGCUGAACUGGACCGGUGCCUGGCUCUUUCUCAAGGGACCCACCGGAAAAUACAAACUGCCCAGGAAGGCUUGUCAGCAGAAAUUCAGCUCAUCUCUGCGUUCCUGCAGCCGCUGACGGAUGACUCGUCCGCCUGCGACCACGCCGGCGCCAACAAACGAGCAAACCGGCCCAGGACCGAAUGAGUAGAUGCCUUCAGUUCAAACGGCAGUGUAAUUGGACAUUCACCUGGACCAGACAACUUACUUACUUACCCCAGCACGCUUCACUAUUCCCCCCCCCGGCCCCCCUCCCUCUUUACUUGCAGCGAAUCCAUAACAAUGAAACAGGUGACUUUCAUGCUGCUGUCAGGACUGAUCUAAUUUUAGCUGGGUGAAUGAUUGCAAUUGGCUUUGCCUCAUCAGAUAAUUAAUCUAUGUCACCAUUAAUUGGAAAAGAGAAUAAUUACAGGCAGUGUUGACAGAAAUUCUACGCUUCUCCAGAUUCCGAGAUCCAAUUACAACUAGUGAAACCCUGUGACCUUAGCUAGCACGUAGCGCACCUCGGCCACCUUGACCGAUGUCCGCGCGAGGGCCGCGACCCCCCCCGGGGAGGGGGAGGGGGACGGACCCCGCUUCUGUUGGCGCUCGCCGCACUCCUCCGCUCGCCUCGCUCAGCGAGCGCUGUCUCCCUCAAUCACUUUUCAAUAUUCAAUCUUAAUUUUGUGGAAGUUUAGCAUUUUCAAUGAGCUGGAGAUGAAUGAUUAAUGAAUAAAUUUAAAUGCUUCA